CUAGUAGGAUGAUGAUUUUUUACUGCAAUAUUAACAUGCGUCCCAUUCCUUGCUCACCAACUGAGACAUUGACCAUGAAGGUCGCGCCCAUUUCCCCACGGCUCAGACUGUUCCGGUUCGCACAUCCGGCCCACUCGUCCUUCACCCAAACCCUCCCUUCCGGCCCCGCCGUGGUCUACGAAACCAACACACAGUUGCGGCAACUCGUCAAGUCCGAUCGCCUCCUUGACGCCCGCCUCCUGUUCGAUGGAAUGCCCCACCGCGAUAUCGUCUCCUGGACCGUCCUUAUCUCCGGCUACGUCUCCUCCUCCGCCUCCCACGAGGCCCUCUGCCUCUUCUCCUCCCUCGUCCGCUCCGCCGAUCCCUCCCUCGACCCGGACCCCUUCGUCCUCAGCGUCGUCAUCAAAGCUUGCGCUUACGGCCCCGGCCUCCGCCCUCACGGACGCUGUCUCCAUGCUUACACACUCAAAUCGGGGAGGCUUGUUGGCUCUGUUUUUGUCGCUACCGCCCUCUUGGAUAUGUACUCCAAGACCGGCGACCCUGCAUCCGCCCUCCAGGUGUUCGAUGAAAUGCCCUUCCGAAAUGCCGUCUCCUGGACGAGCGCUGUCUCCGCUCUCGUCCGCGCAGGGAGGUGCCGACGAGCCGUCCGGUGUUUCGCCGACAUGUGGGCCUCCGGCGUGCCGUGCGACUCCCACACUUAUGCUACCGCCCUCAAGGCCUGCGCCGACGCACGCCUGCUCGCACGCGGCCGUGAAAUCCACGCACAGACCGCGAAGCUCGGGCUGGAAACUGCACCGUUCGUGGCUAACACGCUCGCUGCGAUGUACACCAAGUGCAGCGUCCUUCGGGAAGGUCUCGUCUUGUUGAACCGUGUGCGCUCCCUCGACGUGAUUGCGUACACGACCAUCAUCGCUGCCUACGUGCAGGAGCGCCGCUACGAGGAAGCUGUUCUUGCUUUCUUCAGGAUGCAGUCGGACUCCCUAGAGGCGGUAAGCCCCAACAAUUACACUUUUGCAGCUGUGAUCUCGGCAUGCGUUGGGCUCGCCUACCUCGAGCUGGGGGAGCAGUUGCACGCGAGCGUCAUUCGGCGGGGCUUCGCCGUCGCCAGUUCGGUGUCCAACGCCCUCGUUACUUUAUAUGCCCGCGCCGGCCUCCUUGCCUCCGCCUACGCAAUGUUCCGGGAAACGAGGACAAAAGAUAUCGUCUCAUGGACAGCUAUCAUCUCCGGUUUCUCCCUGGAGUGUGAGAUCGAGAAGGCUUUUGCUCUGUUUGACGAAAUGCGGCGCGAUGGGUGGCCACCUCCCAACGAGUUUACCUUCUCCAGCCUGCUCAGUGUAUGCGCCUCCUCGGCAGCGCUAGACAUCGGCCGGCAACUCCAUGCCCGCGCAAUAGUCGAUGGGUCUGACGCUGAUGUGAUGAUCACAAGCGCACUGAUCGCCAUGUACUCGAAAAGUGGGAGCCUCGAAGACGCGGCACAGGUAUUCGAAGGGCGCGGUUCCGAGGAGGUGGUGUCGUGGACCGCUAUGAUCAUCGGUUACGCAGAGCAUGGCCGAAGCGCGGAGGCAAUCGAGCUGUUUGAGCGGAUGCAGCGCACGCCGGGGCUGGCUCCCGACGGAGUUGCAUACAUCGGGGUGCUCACGGCGUGUUGCCACGCCGGCCUGGUGGAUCGUGCUCUGCAGUACUUGGAAUCGAUGAGGGAGCAGGGGGUGGAUCCCGGGAGGGAGCAUUACGGCUGCAUCGUGGAUUUGCUGGGGAGGGCAGGGAGAGUGACGGAGGCGGAGAAAGUGCUCGAGGAAAUGCCGAAGAGCGAGGUGGACGCGGUGGCUUGGGCAUCGUUGAUGAGGGCGUGCGCGGCGAAGGGGGACGUGGAGGGUAUGAGGAGGGCAGCGGCAACGGUGAAGGAGCUGGAGCCGCGCGGAGCGGCGGCAUACGUAGUGUCUGCUAACAUAUACGCAGGGCAAGGGAGGUGGGCAGAAGCAGCGGCGGAGAGGAAAUGGAUGAGGGAGAAGGGGUUGAGGAAGGAAGCGGGAUGGUCCUGGGUGGCCGUCGGCAGGGAGGCGCUAGGGGUGUUUGUAGCCGGGGGUGGCUCUCACCAGAAAAUGGAGGACGCCAUCUACUACAUGCUUGAGCUGGUCGACUAUGAAGCGAGGAUGGCAGGAGAUAUCACCAUGAGAGCAGAGUUUGAAUUCGAAGAAGAAGGAGAAGAAUGCAGGGUGAGUUGUUGAAAGUGCGGCUUAGUCAAACGGUCUAUAUUCAAUGAACCUUUUCAUAUAUUUUAUAUUAGUUAAUUUAUAAAGGGUUUGUAUUGCAUAAUAAAAACCACAACUUUAUCUUA